AUGUUUGGUGGAGGAGCAUUAUGGAAAUUUCAGCAUCAGAUUAAAUGCAAACUGUUUGAAUGUUGCGAUAAACCGUAUGUGAAUCCUCGAUUUGACAGUGAGUUGGUGCUUUUCUAUUAUUUCCAACUUCCCUCAAACAAGGAUGUGCAUAUUCAACUCCUGCUUUGCUCAAAAUUACAUGUCGGAAAUUUUUUAGAACUUCAUCAGGAUCUCUAUAAACUUGUUUAUGGUCAACAUUUGGUUCUCGAUACUGUAGAGAACGCGAUUCGUGCACAUUGGACCAACGAAAAACCGAAGAAGCCUUUAGCGAUGUCAUUUCACGGAUUUACUGGCUCAGGCAAGAACUACGUUGCCGAAAUUGUCGCCAAUAGCACCUUCAAGUGA